AUGACGGAUACAUACAACAGGGAGAACCAUCAAGAAGCCAGUGACCUGGCGAUAAAAAAGACAAAGUUUAAGGGCCUCCACUACGACAGCCCGCUGGACGCCGGGCUGAGGGGCUCCCGGCCUACUUCAAGACAUAGGGGGAGGGAGGAAACGGAGACAGUGAAGGGGGUUCCCAGCAAGGGGCAGAAUGGGAGGAGCCAGCGGGAGCUCGGCCCUUCCCCCAGCGGGCUUACCCUCCACCGCCUCCUACACGUUGCAGCCGCCCCGCUUCCUUGCGGAGGAGCCCGAAACACUGCGUCCAGCAGCAGUUCCCCAUCGCAUGCCGCCCAGGCGCCGCCGCUCCUCCUCCUCCCGCUCAAAGCCCACACUCAGGCCCGGCAGCCGCAUCCGCGCGGCACGAGCCGAAUGAGGCUUCGGGGACCAAGGGCGGGCCGGCCGGCGCGCAACGGCGUGAGAGACUGGGACAGGCGCUCGGAACAAAGGCAGCGGUUACUCCAGCAGCCACCGAGUCGCUGCCGCUCGAGGGAAGAGUGCCGGGCUGCGCGAUCUGGACUCCCUCGCUGUCCGCAUGGCCCCUCGCUCGCCUCAGGACCUCAGCCUAGCACAAGUGACCGCCUCCAGCCGCUGAAGGAAGCCAGUCCCCGCGAGUCGCGCACCCAGACCCCGCCCUCCCGAGCACCCAGGCCAGCGCCUCGCCGCCGACGCUGCCACACCCCCGCCCUCUCCCGGGCCCCAAUAGGGUGCCCUCCCUCUGCGGCCCCGCCUCCUCCGGCCACCGGUUCUUACGUCACUUCCACAAGCUCCCGCGUCCGCAGCUUCUGCCUUGGAGCUAGUUCAAUUCCUGGGUGUGGAUGUUUGUUUUGUUGGACCUUGACCUAACUAGAAGUCUCCUUUUCUCCUUGCGUUUCCCGCGUCUGGGUCCCGAGCGUCUCCGCGCGUCGCAACCGUCAAGGCUCAGCCUUUGAACUUUGUACCAAAGCCUUGUGAGCGGCUUACCUAGAGCCCAAGGCCAGAAGUCAUCGGAGAGAGAGAGAGCAUG